UUGAAAUUUUUGGAAAAAUGAAAAUUAUAAAAGAAGGACAAAAAGAAUAUAAAGUGAAAGAUAUAAUUUUUUGGCCCUCCCCUUCUCGACUACUACUACCUAAAUACUUUUACAUAAAAAUUUUUCUUUUCAAACUCAAUUCCUUUACACAUCCUUUCCUCAAUCGCGUGCGCGACUUCUCCUCCCUUUUUCUUUUAUAGCUUCCUAUACUCAGACAAGCACAAAACUUUUUCUUGGCCCACUUUUGGAUCGUCCCAUUUUCGCAUUGUUUUCAUUCACUUUCCCAUAAAUGAGCAAACUUUAAAGAAAAUAAAGUCAGUCGGGGAGGGGGGGGGGGGGGAUUUUGGUUGUU